UGUUUGUGUCAUUUCAUGUCACGUGAUAUGAUUUGUUUACAAUUUAAAUUUAUAUUAAAUUAAAUAAAUUUAAAAUCCUAAAUGUCUAUCGAAAAAAAGUGGUUUAUAUACGUGUAAAUUUAGUUUCUUACUAUGGCGGUCAAUUUAGACACUAGUAAAAUAUGUCGUACCUGUUUAUCAGAUGAAGGACCCAUGAAAGACUUGUUUACAGUCUGUUCAGCUGAAAUUUUUAAAUUUUGUACAUCUGUUGAGAUUUCAGUUGGUGAUCAUUUACCGAAACAAGUUUGCCAGACAUGUGUGAAUUUAUUGAACAAAUUUUAUCAAUUCAAACAGGUUGUUAUAAGGUCCAAUUCAGUAUUGAAACAGCAUUUACCAAUAGUGAAACUAGAAAGCCAGGGUGAUGUCAAUGACACAGUACAAAUUGUUAUAACAGAUUAUCAAGAUGAUACAUCAAUACCAGACCCCAUAAAUGAUUCUAGUAAUAUACAAGAUAGUCCAUAUGAAGAAGUACCGGAAAUUGAAAUUAAAAGGAGAAGUAGAAGAAUUGGUAUCUCAAAACCAAUAAAAAAGAAAACGAGGAUGAAAUGUGCUAAAUGUGAAAAAACAUUCCAGAAAUAUGAAAACUUUGAAGCACAUAUGCGGAGUCAUUUUGGUAAAAAGCCAGACAUCAAAUGCCAGCACUGCGAUAAGACAUUCCCAACUCUCCGCAAUCUCAACAGCCACAUCCGGACCCAUUCCGGUGUCCGCAAGUACCAGUGUCUCACUUGCGGCAAGAACUUCGCCUAUCUUAACGUACUCAAGAAUCAUGAAUUAAUACACGCAGGAAUUAAGAAUCAUGUUUGUCAUAUAUGCAAUGCUAAAUUUGUACAAAGAUAUAAUUUAAAGACACAUCUAGAGACACAUAAAAAAGAGAAGAAAUACGGUUGUGGGCAGUGUGGUAAGAAGUUCGCGCAGCCCGGCUACCUCAAGAUACAUCUCAUAAGACACUCUGGGAUCAAGAAUAUUGCAUGCUCCUUAUGUGAUAUGAGGUUUUAUGUGAAGAGUGAUUUGUACAAGCAUAUGAGAUCUCAUUCUGCGGACAAGCCGUUUUCUUGUGAAUUCUGUGACAAAACAUUCAAGUGUAAAAGUUUUCAAAUUGUGCAUCUGAGAACACAUACAGGCGAACGCCCAUAUGCAUGUGAUCUGUGCCCCAAGCGGUUUAUGGCGCGUAAAGACAUGCGAAACCAUCGUAUGAUACAUACGGGAGAGAAGCCUCACAAAUGUCAGCUGUGUAACCAGGCGUUUAUACAAAAGUGCGCACUCAAUAGGCAUAUGAAGGGGCACGGGAGAAAUGACGAGAGCCAGGGUUUACUUCUCAGACCGCCCAUACAAGUGGAGACCAUAACGCCAAUUGCAGUGUCGUACGCUCAGUGGAAUGGAGAAGCGUGAUGUUAUUUAGUAUUUGUGUCCAUAUCAAGUAAUGAAAUUAAAUCAAACCAAAAUUUGCCUGAAAAAACCCGAAGUCUGUGAACUUACUAGGUGCAGAACUGGAAUAGGAAUUAGCAGUGGAGACCAGUAAUGCAUUUUCCAGCAGCUUGAGUAGGCUACAGUCUACAGCGACAAAUUUUGGGGCCAAAUUUAUUUUCUAUAAUUUUAUAAUUUAUUGGACAAAAAAUGUUUUUAAUAUCCUUACAUUAUAUAGACAGAGCAUGGAGCCUCAAAAUCGGGUCAACCUUUUUGUGAGCUAAUUAUUAAAUUGGCUUCUUAUCAAUGUUCCAUAUACUUACACACGUCUUGUGUAUCUUGACGUAUUUAUGUUUAAUCAUUUAAUAAAUAAAAUUAGUUUUUACGCAUUAAAAAGAGGCAAAAAUUAUAAAACAAAAUAAAUAUACACGUUACAGUUCAGGCACCAGUUCUCCAUAACUGAUGUAUCUAUGGUAUUAAGUGUUCCAUUAUAUUAAAAAAGUUGUGAAAUAAAUAAAUAAACAUUAUUUUUAUUAACUGUACAAAUCUGUCAUUGCUAGAGAGUGCAUCUUUAUAGAAAAAACUACAAAAUACAGUAAUCUGAUAAUAGAUUAGGAACUGAGUAGAUUAUCUGUCCUUAUCUUUUCACUGAAAUCUAAAAGAGACGACAGUCUUUUUCUAUCAGAUUGGCUUGAUAGAAUUGAACUAACUAUUGAUUUGUUAUUUCUUUUGAUAAAGGUUUUUUUUAAAAAAAAAAAACAAGUUCUCAUCAGUCAUGUGUAUAUUUUCCAAUUGUCAUAAUAUUUACAGUAAACAUCCCAAUUUAUGUACAAAUAAAUACGAGGUAUAUUUCUAAAAUAAAUUAUUUUCUAUGUACUAAACUAAAUCAGACUAUAUUUAUUAUUGCAAUACUUAUAGUAUAUACUUGAGAUAUCAAUUCCAUCCAUAGUUAUAACAGCAUCGUUAUCACACAGUUAAAUCCUUCUAAAUGGUUAGCAAUCGAUUUAUUAUUUUGUACCUGUCACUAUUUCUUUUAAGCAUUACAGUACAUUGGUAAAUACAAAAAUGUUUAUCACUAUUUCUAGACUUUAUCUAUAGUCCAUUGCUAAAUACAGAUCUCCCUCAUAUUUCGCUAUAAUAUUUAUAGUUACUCCUUAAUAGUUUUGUUUCAUCUAUUCUCUUCAGUCUAUGAGUAUGCAUAAGCCUAUCUCAGUUCCAGGAUACGCUGGCAUAACAUUCAGUUUUUCUCUUAAUGUUGAAGGUACAGAAUAGAUUUAAUCAGAAAUAUCAAUAUAUCAUGCUGACUGUAUAUACUGUUGAAAGAAUGCAUAUUUCAUUAUAGGUUUAUUCAAUCUAUAAUUAUGGUUACUAUAGCUAUUUUAAUUAAUCACAGGCAUAACUCUGUCAUGCACUUUCAUAUGCCUUUUCAAAGUGCCUCUCUGUGUGAAUCCCAAAUCGCAGACAGUGCAUUUAUGUGGUCUUUCCCCAGUGUGGGUCCUGUGAUGGUCGUUCAGCCUUCUCUUCGAUAGGAAACCCUUUGGGCAAUAACUGCAAAGGAAUGGACGCUCUCCUGAGUGUAUCCGCUUGUGUUCUAUUAACGAAGACUGAGUACCGUAAGAUUUGAGGCAAAUGUCACAUUUGUACAAUUUCUUUCCAUCGUGUAUGAGCAAAUGUUUGGCCAAAUUGCAUUUGUCCGUGAAAGGGUAGUUACAUAUUUGGCAAAUAAACCUGCGGCCGGUAUGGCGUCUAGACACGUGCGAUAGUAGUAUUGUGUUGGUGUAGAACUUUUUGCCACAGUGCUCACACGUGUACUGUCUCUCUCUAUUCUCUUUAUGAGUUUCUAAAUGCGUCUGAAAAGAAAAAAAAAAAUCAAAGUGUUUAUGUAGGAUUUAUUUUUAUUAUUACAUCUUCAUACAUUUACUUGGGCAAAUGUCAGGAAUACGCUAUGUUAUGCCAUUAUAUUGUACUAGCCAGCAGCCUAACGGGUUUUACGGUCAUUUAGAUAUUUUUGUAAUGAAGGUACAGUAAAACCAUCAUCAAAUUCUGUUACGUGAUUUAUAAGUACGGACGGAUGCCGACAACGAUUUUGUUUACUAUUUAGAGAUACUAUAAAGUUAUCUCAAUUAUGUUUGUGAUAGUAAGAUUCAGUAAAUGUUAUUAUGAUCUGUC